AGCACCCCAGAAGUUACAGCUUCACAACAGAAAUUGGAUCCAACAGUGUUUGGGGCCAAGAACUUGGGGUUGUUUGCUGCGGUUGCGACAGAGCUGCUGGAUUCCCUGUUGAGAUCCAUGUGAAGUCUAAUCCUUUAUCAGUUCAAAUCAUGCUGAGCUAAUGUUCAGUAAAUGGCCACGCACAUGUGACGAAAAGCUGGAUGACAGAGACGUGUCCAAGAAGUUCAGGGCUUUGCAAUUUAAUGAUACACUUUAAUUACGUCACAUGCCUAAGGUAUUUCAGAGCCAGAAGUAGAAGCUGGAAGGCCUUGGUGACGCUUGCUGCAGGGAGGAAUUCCUAAAGGGCUGAGAAGGCACAAAAAUGAAAUGGGAGACUGCUCUCUGGAUGGUUGCCUGCUUUCUGUUUGAGUCCCUACCCAGAGGUCAACCAGACACAACAUGCCAUGCAUUUGCUGGAGAAACUGUUAUUUUGCCUUGCACAGCCAUCUCUCCUGGAGAGGUGAUGCUUUCCAAUUCAAUGCUCUACUGGCAGAUAGACUCUGUCUUAGUGCACUUCUUUCACAAUGGACAGGAUUCACUGGAGUUCCAGGACAAACAUUACCAAGGCAGAACCAGUCUUUUUUUGGACCAGAUGAAGCAUGGCAACUUUUCCUUAAAACUCUCCAAUGUCCAAUUAGCAGACACAGCUGAAUAUGCUUGCAUCUACAAACAGACUGGGAAUUAUCCCAACAAAACACAGAAAUUUAAAAUUAAACUCAUUGUGUCAGCUUCACCUAGCAUUGAGAAGGCAGCCACCCCUUCUGGACAAAGUCAGAUUUCCUCCAGGAGCCCUACUGAUGCACCAUGCCUGGCUGUGCUUCCCAUCUCUUUCCACCUCCUGCUGUCACUGGGGAUUUGGCACUGGUAACUGGAGACCCCAGCUUUUUCUUUGGGAAGUUGUCCUCACCAGAAGACCUUGCUGGGCAGACCAGUAUCAUACUGUUAAGGUGACAACUGUUGAGAGCCAUGUGAAAGAAACACCAAGAGCAGAAAACAGACCUAGUAUUAGGUAUUUAUGUCUCACAUUUUGGUCUUCCACAAUACCAAAGGCAGCAAAACUUGGAGGUGGCAAGUUUGCUCUUUCAUUUGUUUCUUGGAGCCUCAUUUUAGUGCUGUUGAUAUGAGCAUUUUAUUUUGGAUUUUGUGGUUUUGCUUUAAUGACAGGAUAAAAGUCACACAAAUCUACAAGGUCACAUUAUAAUUGUCCCUAGUGAGAUCUUUUGGCUAAGACCUCACCUGCAACCCUUCAAAAGAACUGAAAGGAGAAGGGGUAAUUAGCCUCUGUGUCAAAUAAAAACUGGAAGAGGGAAGGUAGUUGCAUUUUGUGAAAUGUAAGGAUGGAAAUCUUGUGAAACGUGAGCAUGUGGAACUUCAGUUUCUAUUUUGACCCCUAAGUGCCAUGGCUGGGCUAUCAGUAACAAGAAAUGUAUUAUUAGUGGAAGGAUGAAGCUGACUGAGAAAGAUGAUGGAAGUUCAUAAAACAUCAACAGAGGAAGGAAGUGAUGUAUUUGUUACAAAAUCCACAUCUAAAUAAGCCAAAAGCUUUAGAAGACUGAAUUCAGUAGUUUCUCUUUUUGUCAUGAAACACAGCAAGGCAAAUGCAAUCAUUGCACAAAAACCAGAUUCUUAAACUGGAACUGUACAAUAAGAAUUUAUUACUGUGAUAAUCAUGUCUUUAAAACAUGGUACGUUUGGAUGUAAAAAUAACUAAAACCUUGUCAGAAUAAUUGUAACUGAUACUUAUGCAAACUAGAUGGGUUUAGUUCUGGAAAUGUUCCAUCCAAGUCACAUAGGUGUCCUGUGUAAACCUAAGAUUGAAAGGAUCUUGUAUACCAACAAUAUCACAAAAGUGCAGAAGUUUUGUUUCAAAGCUUCAACCACCCUUGACAAGC